AUGGGCGAAGUGAUCCGUGUCUUACUGCUGAACCCAUUAACAGGCAUCACAUCGCUUGUAUGUCUUCAACGUCCACUUGAAUGGGAAGGUGUGCUAAGUGAUUUUUAUCAGGUUAUUACUAAUUCGGAUGAUGACCCUGCACCAAGUAUUCUCGCCAAGUGUAAAGUACUGCUGCAUCCGACCAAGUCUAAGAGCGAGAAAGGAGUUGUGAUUCGCAAGAAUGCCUUGGAUCGGUCAAUUCGUGAUGGAGAUCUCUUGUCUUUAGAAGGAUUCCAGCUGGAUGACGCUCCUGGACCCCCUACAGAGCUACUGGACAUCAUGGAUACACUGGAUUUUGACGUGCCUGUGGAUUUUGGUGCAGAGAUACUUCCAUCUGAUAAUUUAAAUGCUAAUGGGAAUGCUCCAUCGAUCUCGGAAAAAACGACACCCGAACCGAUGACUAGACCAGUCUUGAAUUCGACAAUGCACACAGCGCCUCUUUCUGCCACGUCAGUUAAUGUAUGGCAAGGAAAUUCACGUAAAUCAAAGCGUGGGCGCAGCCUAUCGUCUAAGUUCUGGCUUGUUAAUAAAUUGGCGGCCAGCGGUAAGAUUAGUAAAGAGCAAAAGGACUCACUCAAGAUGCUUCUUCUUGCUUCGGACGAUUCAGCGCUGCAUCAGGCUUUUGAGCGCUACGAGGAGACGGGAGAUUUAGACACGCUGCUUAACUUGCAUAUAAACUCCAAGAAGUCAUUUGCAGGAUUGCCGCCGCUCUCUACUGAGGCCUUCGAUUUCCAGCUUACGCAGAACAUUGAGAACGAGCUGGAUCUGUUAACUAUGCGAAGCUUUAACGUUGGUGGAGACAUCAACUCUCCGGUACAUCAGGCUACUUUGCCUGCUAUUAUGCUGCCGUCAAGGACGGCCAGCACUGGUGCUAGUGACGAGCCGAUUUCAUUCUCAAACUCGAAUGAUGACCUCUUGGACCCGCUAGACGUGUUUUUAGAUUUGUCCUUGGAUUCGUUGCCUAUGCCUAUAGGUCACGGCGAUGAUCAAAAUCUGCCACCAGCACUGCCUGGUGACUUGCAUGGCAUGGAGGAAUGGCUUCAGGAUUAG